UGAAAGCAUUGAUUACAGAUGUAAGAUGAGUGCCAAAUUGCCUAAAUUAUUACAUCGUUUUCAUUCGUUGAAACAAGAUAAAUUAACGAGAUUGGAUUCUGUGACGUCUGACAGUCCAACAACCAUCAGACCACGAAGACCAUUGUCACAGGCAACAAAAUCUAGUACCAAUGUUCUGCAACUUCGGUCAGUAUCGCGUAGUGAAAGUGUUAAUUCACAAUCAUCUAUACAAAGUAAAAGAAAAACUCCAACUCCAACAGAAACAAAAUUAACGCCAUUAUUUAAUCGUAAUAAUAAUUUAAAUCAAGUAACAAAAUCCAGUCAAAAAUCACUAGUCGUAGCAUCUAGUAACAAUAAUAAUAAUAAUAAUAAUAACCUUAACAAUAAUAAUAAUAAUAAUACAGGAACAAAUCCAAAAAUAAAUCGUACCCCAUUCGUAGUAUCAAAUAAGAAUAAGUCAACAGUUCCUAACAAUAACAUACCAAUAAGUACAACAAUUACACCAAAAACAAAAUCAACAUUUAUUGUACCAAAGAAUUUAUUAGAUAAAAAUGCAAAUAAUAAAAUUGUUAAAAAACAAUCAUCAACUGUAGUCGUUCGACGUAAUGGGAGGUUAGCGACAACGCCUGUUAAUCAUAAUAACAAUUUAAUUAAAUCGUUACCACCACCUCCACCGCCUCGAGCAUCUUCUACAUCGACUACAUCAACGCCAAAAUCACCUUCACAAGUACAACAACGCCAACAAAAAGUGCGAAAAUCUAUUGCAUUCCAUACGCCCACGAUUUCAAGGAGUGCUUCAGUCAAACGAGGUGGGCAAGGGCAAACUGCCUCGUCCAAAAAUCUUAGUAAUACUGGUGUGGGUGGCGGCACAACAACAACUUCACCACCAAUUACAUCACUUAAAGAAGCAACAUCGAUAUCAAGUUUGGAUAGUAAACAUAAAAUUGCACCGUUACAUCCAUCCAAAUUAACGAAGGCAGCAUCUAAAGAGAAAUUGGAUAAAAAUGAGAAAGCAAAUAAUAAAAUAGCAAAUAAUGAACGUAGCGGCAAUAAUAAACCAAGCAACGAUGUUUUGAAGAAUAAUAAUCGAAUUGAAGUCAAAGAUUCAUCAUUACCGCCGACACCAAUUAUUCCAAAUGGAGAUACAAAAACAAAAAAUAUAAACCAGCAACCCGUGUCUUUACCAAUCGAGUCUCUGGAUUAUCACGAAGAAGGAAUUAUUGCAAUGCAGGACUUAGCAUCAGUACAAGAACAAUUGGAAAGAAUGGCAAGAGAAAAUGCUGCCUAUCAAGACGAAAUUCGACAUUUGCUUAGUGAGAAGAUGAAAUUGCAGAAUCAAAUUCAAUUAGAUCAAAUACAUCAUGCAACGGAAAUUGAACAAUUAACAGAAGAAAAUUCAACGUUGCGGAAUCGAUUACGUGAUGUGGCACAUUCACCACUUUCGGAUAAUGAAAAACAACAAUUACUCUUGGAACCCACCACACAUCGUCAACAUAAUUCAGCGCCAGCAUCUUUUGCUGCGUCAAAUGAAGCUGUGGAGAGCUCAAAUAAUGGAUUAUUAAACUCGGGUACGACAUCGCAUGAUGCACCAUCAUCAUGCCCCACACCUGAUUGGGAUAAGCAUUCCAGUAGUAGUAUGAGCGAAGUUUCUGUGGCUUGUUUGCAAGAUCGAAUUCUACAAAUGGAAGAAACUCAUUACAGUACACAUGAAGAAUUACAAGCCACAUUACAAGAAUUAGCUGAUUUACAAACACAGUUAUCCGAAUUACAAAAUGAAAAUGAACGAUUAAUUGAUGAGAAAUCGGUAUUGCUCGAAUCAUUAUGUCGUCAAACCGAAAAACUAGAAGAUUCCAGAGCCACAGUAGAUACGUUACAAGAAUUACUUGUACGUGGCGAUGGUUUGGAGCAAAAAGAUACUGGAAAUGAACGUGAACAAAAGUUAGUUGAAUUAUUAAAAGGAGCCCAAGAAGAACGUGAAGCUUUGCUCCAAAAACAAACUGAAAUGACUACAGAAUUACAUGAAUUAAGACAAUCGGCGCUCCAUCAAAAUGAAGAACGCGAACGAUUGAUAGAUCGUGUACGGUUAUUAGAAUCCACUGUAGACUCAGUUCAUGCCGAACGCAAAUUAAUUGAUCAAGAACUAGCCCAAGCCAAAGAACAAGGAUCCGCACGCCGAAUUGAAAUUAGUCGAUUGACUACAUUGUUAGAAAAUGCUCGUGCAAAAAUUGAUGAAUUGGAGAAGGAGCGUGAUCAGGAGGGUGCCCGAUCUGAAAUGGAUGCAUUAUUAGAUACAGCACGCAAGGAAAAAGAUACGCUUGAAUCACAGUGCGCCACUCUUCAAGGCCAGGUGUCACGAGGUCAAUGUGAAAAAGAACGACUUCAAGAACAAAUAUCAUUGCUUCAAGAGGAAUGCAAAGUUGCGAAAAAUAAUGCAAAAUCAGUGAUAUCCGAUUUAGAAUAUCAAACAUCCGAAUUAAAACGUGAAUUAGCAACAUUACGUACAGAAUUGCAAACUAGUCAAGACGCGGUAAUUGAAACACAAGCUCAAUCACAACGUCAUUUAGAAGAUAAACGAAAUUUAAAAGCAAUUCUGGCUGAGACACAACGUCAACUUACUGAAGUGCAAGAAAGACUGACAGAUACUGAUGAAAAAUUAACAGAUGAAAAAAGACUGAGAAAAGAAGAGAAUGAAGAGUGGGAACAAUUCCAACGUGAUUUGUUAAUGACCGUGCGUGUAGCGAAUGACUUCAAAACAGAAGCUCAAUCUGAACUUGAAAAACUAGUCCAUGAAAAUAAAGCAUUACGUGAUAAAGUGCGAGCAUUAGAAGCUCAAGUGGAAAAAUUAAAAGGGUUAGAAUUUUCCAAUAUAGAAUUUAGAAACAACAAUCAAUCAGAUACAGCUUUCCAAAAUCCAUCAUCAGCAAAACGUUCAACUACACGAAUUGUGGCAUCGAUAUUAAAAAAUGAUAAACUAGAGGAUCAAAUUGAUUCGAAAUCACUAAACACAGUGAGUGAGCAAAUUAAAAAUGAAUAUAUACGAAAAAUUGAACAAAUUAAAUCGAAAAAAAGUUUAUUGCAUACAAAUUUGAAACGUGGUCGAACAUUAUACAAAGGUGAUUAUUUAUAUCGAAAUUCGAAUUUAAUUGUAAAUAAAAAAAAAUCCAAAUCAUUGGCUGACUUAACAAUCAACAAUUUCAACAAUAAAAAAAGUUCGUUAAACAUAUCACAUUACAAUACACAAUCGUUGACUAACAUCAUAGAAUUCGAGGAUAGCGCCGAAAAUUUAUCAGAAAUUAAUCAUCAAAGGCGGCGUACACAUUACCCGUUAUGUGAUAGAGACGAAUUUUUAAAAAUAACCAAAUCGUUAUCAAAUUUAAGUUUACAAAAUUUACAACGUAAAUUAAGUUUUAACAAACCAAAAGUGCGAUAUAGAGUUAAGAUUUAUCGAAGUGUUAGUCUUCCCGAUUUUUCAAAGGAAAAUUAUUAUGGUAAUGAUUACACUUUAGCAAGUGUGUUUGGAACAAAAACGGUUCAAACAGCAAAACCUCAGACUCCACCUUUAUUACGACAAUCUUCAGUACCUGUAGAAACACAACAAAGUGUGUUCACAUCUGUACAACAAGAAAUGGCAGCCAGAAGACAAAAAGCUGCGGCAACUCGACAAGAUAGUCGAUUAUCUGUUAAAUCACUUAUUGAAAGUAUUGAAAAUACAACCAAACAAGUCAAAGCAGGACCUGGUGGAGGAUCUCGUAGUAGCUCCACAUCCAGUUUAAAUAGCAUUGCAUCAGAUGCGACACGAGCAGCAAAUUUAACAUCAUCCAAUAAUCAACAAUUGAAUAAUUUAACGCCGAAUUCCGGUGGCGUUAACAAUACUGGACAAGAUUGGAAUGAAGAAGUAUUUGUAAAAUCUCCACUACGAGAACAACAGCAAUUAGUACCAACUCGAAAUAAUAAAAUUUCAAGUCAAACCAAUGGGAAGAAUAUUAUAUCCGAUGUUAAUUUUGGUGCCAAAUGUGAUGUCGGAAUUACUGAGGACACUAUUAGGGAAUCUGUGGCACUUUUAAGUGCAAAAAAUAUUGAUUUCGUCCGAAGGAAUAGUUAUGGUGAUUUAAGUGAACGAAAAGAUCCAUUAUAUGGGUUGGUCAAAAAUGGUGGAUCAAAACGGAAUGCAUUAUUAAAAUGGUGUCAACAAAAAACAGUUGGCUAUAGAAAUAUUGAUAUUACAAAUUUUAGUAGCUCGUGGAAUGAUGGUUUAGCAUUAUGUGCAAUAUUGCAUACAUAUUUACCUGAUCGUGUACCAUAUGAUACAUUAGCCCCAAGUGAAAAACGACGUAAUUUUUCACUUGCAUUUUCAGCUGCCGAAAGUGUUGGCAUACCUACAACAUUGAAUAUAAAUGAUAUGUGUCAGCUGGAGCGGCCUGAUUGGCAACAAGUAAUGGCGUAUGUUACAGCUAUUUAUAAACAUUUUGAAACUUAAUUAUUAAAAAAAAGGUUUUGAUAGAUAUUAUUACAUUAAUUUAUUAUUUAAAAUAUUAUAAAUAUUUAAAUAAAUACUUUACUCAUUAAAAAUCAGUUUUACUGAUAAAGUACACCUCACCGAUUUUGUAAUCAAUCAGGAUUUUAAUCCAAAAUUAUAAAAUAAUGUUAAGUCUUAAAUCUUUGAUAAUUGUAUUUAUAAAUCAAAAAGCUUUAGUGAAAAAAUUGUCCUUGUCUAACGAGAGUUGAA